CCUCCACACCACCUCUCCGCCAGCACCCACCCGACUUUCUCCUCUCCCCGCAGCCUGCGAGCCAGCUCCAGCUCACAAUGUUGGCUCGAUCGGCUCUUCGCUCGGCGCGCCCGGUUGGCGCGGCAGCCCGCAAUGCCGCCAGCAAGACAGCUUCGCGCUCUGUCUCGACAUCCAGCUCGACAGCCGAGGGUGCUUCGUCCUGGAAGACGAACGCCCUGCCCGUGGGCGCCACCGCUUUCGCGAUCGGAACUGUUGCCUGGUACGCCUACAUCGCUGGCCGCGAUGUCGAUGCGAUGACGCCGGCCGAAGAAGGUCUCCACCCGACGCAGUACCCAUGGGAGCACGCCAAAUGGAACAAGACAUUCGAUAGCCAGGCCCUCCGACGCGGAUUCCAGGUCUAUCGCGAAGUCUGUGCUUCAUGCCAUUCCCUCUCCCGUAUCCCAUACCGCUCGCUUGUUGGAAAGAUCAUGACGGUCGAUGAAGCCAAGGCCUUGGCCGAGGAGAACGAAUACGACACGGAACCGAACGACGAGGGAGAGAUCGAGAAGCGCCCCGGAAAGCUCUCUGAUUACCUCCCCGGCCCCUACAAGAAUGACGAAGCCGCACGCGCAGCCAACAACGGAGCCCUGCCCCCGGAUCUAUCACUCAUGGUCAAGGCUCGCCACGGCGGCUGCAACUACAUCUUCAGCCUGCUCACCGGCUACCCCGACGAGCCACCUGCAGGUGCGGUCGUGCCCGAGGGUCUCAACUUCAACCCCUACUUUCCCGGUACGGGAAUUGCCAUGGCGCGUGUCCUCUAUGACGAUCUUGUUGAAUAUGAAGAUGAAACCCCAGCUACAACUUCACAGAUGGCCAAGGAUGUGACUGAGUUCUUGAACUGGGCCGCUGAACCGGAGGCAGAUGACCGCAAGAAGAUGGGAUGGAAGGUGCUAGCGGUCACUAGUGUACUGACUGCAUUGAGCAUCUGGGUCAAGAGGUACAAGUGGGCUUCAGUCAAAUCGAGAAAGAUCGUGUACAACCCGCCGAUCAAGAGUCCCAUCCUAAGCAAGCUUCCAAAGCCGACCAACAAGUCAUAGAAGAGUAUAUUCAAGUGUGGCGGGGUGCCGGGAGGAGCGAUGAGUGUGUUCAAUACUUGUACAGUGACAACUAUUUUGCCUCAACAGAACGUGUCUAAGAUUUCCUUGACCUAUAAAUCAUUUGCGCAUGACCGAGCUGCGUGCUGUCUUUUGCUGAUGC